CCUCCCCCAAGUGUUGUGUGUUGUUUUGAUAAAAGUUACCCUUUUAUUAUCAGGAAAUAAAAUCCCCUUGAGUUUGGGGAAUUGAACACGGCCAGAAGUGAAAUGAAACAGCUUGCGAUCCAGGGAGGGAAGAUGCAGGCUGGUGAGUCUGGAGCAGCAACAACCCCAAGAGGAAACAAAUGUUUCAAAAGUUCCAGUAAGCGACCAGCUCCAAAGUAAAUGACAGACGUUCCCCGCUCCCUUUUGUUGCGAAUAUGGCUACGGGCGAUGAGCUUCGUUUCUCUGCGCUCGAUCUGAUCUUCAUCUGGAUCGGGUUGGUCACUUUUCUCUUGGACCUGGGCACUGAUGCCUGGGUGGUGGGCUCUUUCUUCCUGAGAGGAGAUUACUUCUGGGGCGGCGCCGUGUUAUUCCUGGUGCUCUUUUGCUCGCUGGUCGUCCAGCUGUUCAGCUGGUGCUGGUUUGCCGGGGAUCGGGAGAAGCUGCAGGUCAGUUCCGAACAACUUCCAGCCUUGAGGAGCACGGUGGAAGGCCGUGUCCUGCGGCUGUUACAUGGACUGCAGCUGGGGUUCCUGGUCAGGUAUGUAGCAGCACUAGAGGUGGGGUUCCGAGCAUACAAAGACAAUAAUGCUGUGGACCUGCAGUAUACCACUUACCUGGUCAGUGAUAUCAGCAUGUUACGACUCUUUGAGAUCAUUUUUGAAAGUGCUCCUCAACUCACACUGAUGCUGUACAUCAUCAUGCUGAGGAACCAGGUGGAGCUUCACCAGUAUUUCUCCAUUGUGGCCUCUUUCCUCUCCAUUGCCUGGGCUCUCCUGGACUUUCAAAAGGCCCUGCGCAAAUCUCUCGCUGACAAAAUAAGUCUUAGAUUCAUGUCUUCGGUGUUUUAUUUCAUGUUUAACCUGCUGUUCAUCUGUCCUAGGAUUUUCAGCAUCGCCCUGUUUACAACCGUAUUCAAACUCUAUGUCCUCUUGCACUUUGCUCUUAUUUGGCUGCCCAUGUUUGUUUGGGCAUGGCAGCAAGGUACAGACUUCAUGAACAGCCGUCCUGAAGAAGUCUUCUACAGGGGUACAGUGGCAGUCAUCUUGUAUUUCACCUGGCUUAAUAUUGCUGAGGGAAAAACAAACAUCAGGCAGAUUAUCUAUCACUCAUUCAUGGCUGUGGAUUGCAGUAUUUUAGUUGGAUUUUGGUGGCUCUACAGAGACCCAGUUUUAACCAUCACCUACUCGCUCCCACUCCUUAUUGCUAUAUUGUCAUCAUAUCUUCUUGGUGUGAUUGUAAAGUGCAUUUAUUACAAGUAUCUACAUCCUACUGUCACAGCAUUAGACUUACUAACAACUGAUGAAACAGACAGCCUAGAAGAGGUUGGAUUUCGAUCAAUAUGUGACAGCAGAUCUUUGAUAAACAAAAGAAUGAAAAUCCUCGCCAAUUGUUUUUACUCUCCCAAACCUGAGGGUAACAAACAUUCAAAUGUAGAGGAAACUAAAAUCUAAAGAUCCAUUAUUCUGUUGAAUGUCAAUUUGUGCAAAGAUUUUUUUUCUCUGCCAUGAAACUUUAUUUCAGGUCAAAAUGCACUAAGGGUAUAAUUCAGUUGGAAUGUAAACAUCAGGAGCAGAUCCUUCUUCAGUUAAUUUCUCCUCUCCUGCCAUUGUCAGGUGAUACAAUGAGUGUCAACAAACUUAUUUGCUUAAAAGCAGCAUCAAUGAAUGGGGAUACCAACCUUGAAUUAAUGAACGGGAGUUCCUCUGAUAUUAACCCAGUAGACCAGAGAAAAUUAACAUAAAUUACAAUAUGGAAAUUGGGUCAGACAGAAUAAGCAAUAAUUCUAAACCCAUAUGUUUGUCCCAUUCCCAUAUCUAUUUUCCUUUCAUUCAUCCAUCUAUCAUUAUUAAACGUUAACAUGAUCUCUGCCUCAAUCACUAACUCUAAUUUUACUUUUCUUUCAAGUUUGAGAAUCUUUGGAACACAAUUUUCUUCCAUGCUCUGUCCAAAGUCUCAUAUUUAAUCCUAUAUCUAUGUCUCCAUAUUUACAUCAUCCAACUUUCCACAUUCAGGAGUAUGAUGUAUCUUUAAAUCCACCUCACUGACAGACUGAAUUUCAUCUACCCAUUGCAAGAUCAAUAUCCUCUUGCAAGUUUUAUUUUGCCUAUUUUAUUAUUGGCAAAUGUGGAUACUACUUCCUCUAGCUCAAUAUUCAUAACAUUGAUGCACAUUGUGAACAGAAUCCUGUGGGGCACUGCUAUCUGCUUCUAUCCUCUCUAAAUUACCACCUUUAACUUCUACUUAGUUUCCCCACUUCUAACCAUUUAUAACCUAAAAAGCUUCAGUUCCCCUAAUUCCAUGCCCCUGAAUCUUGUCCAAUAUUUCACCACAUGGUAAAUUUCCAAAGACUUUCUGGAUCUCCUACAUUUACACCUACAUUCGCCUUGUCCUCCAUUUGUUAUUUCCUCAAUGUGCCCAAGUUAGAUUUGCUGAGUUCAGUAGGAGCUGGAGCAAGAACAGCAAAUUGGCCUGAGUAAUUCAGGCACCAAUUUACCAGCUGUGUAAUUCUCUUUAUUAUAAGCUUGUACAACAGAUGGAUUAUCUAUUAAGUAUUCAAGAAAAAUAGACUGAAUUUUACUGCCCCAGGCUACUAAAAAUUAACAUAAUGCAGUCAGCUAUGAGUUCAGUGAAAACAGAAAUGAUUUCACAACGUCCUUAAAUGUGUCAUGGUGCUCCCAGAAGAUGUACAUUAUUUACAGUUAAUAAUGCAGACCUGGUACUGUGUAAUCAGUUCCAAAAGUAGGCUACUAAAAUUGAAUAUAUUAAAUAAGACUUGCUGGGAUGGACCAGAGUGAAAAUCUGAGAGGAAAGUAUAAGGCAUAAUCCUGGUUUGUGUCAGGUCAUUUGAUUGCAGUCAGGAAGCCAUGAGCAGCACAAUAAGUGGCUGCAGCGCUGUGGACUUGGAGAGGGAGAAUUGGUUUUGUGGGGGGGUGGGAGUGAAAUCAGUCCAUAGAUAUUGUCCAUAGCCAGCCAGCCCUACCAGCACGACUCACAAGAAUAAUAGCAAUUUGAGUGAGAUAAAGGGUGCAGGCACUCUUGUCGCAGCAUACAAUAGUAAGUAAAUGCCUGUAGUAGAUAAAAUUGGGUAGGAAAAGAUUAUGAGCUCUCAUUGUGCAUGUUGUUGUUGUUAUUGUGUAUCUGAUUUGGAGAAUGUAACCAAAGUUUUGCAAUGACUGAACAAGCUAGUAGCCAGUUUACAUAUGACAAUGAAUGAAUAUCUUCACAGAUUAUGUGCAAAUACAGUGAUAAAGUGAGGAUGGGAAUAGUUCCUUUUUUGCAAAACUUGUGUGGCAAACUUUGCUAUAUACGACAAUGUGGAGAAAAUCUCCCUUCUACCAAGGUCACUGCAUCGAUUUACAGUAGUCACAUGAAGAUUAUUUGACAACCUGUGUAUGUGCCAUUGAAAGCACAAAUACUGGAAUUCAAAUGUCUAGAGUUACAGUAGUUUAAAUUAGUGGAGGAGCUCACUGUUUUAAUACAGGGAAAAUAAGAGUUAAUAUUAACUCGACCACAGAAAUGUGCUUCUGAUUUAGUUAAUUUGAAUUGCUGAUAAUUUGAGAUUCAUGAAGGAAGUGCAAGUGCAGGAUUUUAAGUCCGUGCAGUCUGUGAAUGUACUGGCUAUCCCUGAAACCUGCUUCUUCAACAGCUUCUCAUACUGUACUUAAUAUUUCAACAGUUCAGCAGUUCUUAUAUUUGCAUGUGUAUUAAUUUUUAUAAAUAUAUAUUGUGGAAGAGAUUUUUCCUUCAACAUAUCUUUUUCUUUAACUAAAUUUCUCAAGUUGUAUUGAUCUGUUAGAUCCAGCAGGGACUCGUAGGGCCAAAUGGCCACCCACCCAUCUAUGCCAUUAUGACUAUGUACAAGACAUCAAUCAGGGGAACUGCCAGAUGCCACUGGCAACUGCUGUGAUGCUGUUUGAAUCAUGGCUUAGUUAAGUUUUAGAAGUGAAUGGGAGUUAGAAGCUGGAUCAAUAUCUCCAUAUCUCCCAAGAGGAUGCAGAGCCAUCUGAUCACAGCUACAACUGCCCUUGGCACCCUUAAGAUGAGGCAGGGACAGCAACCUACAAUUCUUAACCACAGAUGUAUUUUGUGAACCCAGAACAUAUAUGACAUCACACAAGGAGACUAUUAAGUUUAGCUGGGAUUAGACGUGCAGUUGAAUAACCUCAUGCCAUUAACUGUCAAGUCUCACCCAUGACAAGCAGUCAUUUGGACAAGGUACUAGCAGGAACCUGGAAUUGUACCGUAGCAAGUUGUUGUCCCAUUAGGACAUGAUGAGGGUAGAGGGGAGACUGUAAUUUGUUUAGUUGACCAAGGGCGGCAUGUGAGUUGGUAACUUACAACAGUGAUUGAUCACAAUGAAAACAGUACUUAAUCAUAUUAAUGAGGACCAACCUACUCACUGUCUGCUGGAAAAGCUCAUCAGCUUUAUAAAUAAAUGUGACUUUUUGCAACCGGAA